AAGUUUUUUCCAUUGGCUGUGGCUGGUCGAAGUACAAUUUUAAAUCUCUUAUUUGUAUCUGUUGAUAUUACGUAGUACCAGUUUCGUAACUUACUUAUAAGCGGUUAAUAACUAAGUGUACUAAGUUCAAUUUUAAAAAUGGUACCAGCACAGGCUAUAUACGCUGCAGUGCCAAUAUCAGUUUUAAUUGCCAUUGGUUUUAUACGCAAGUGGAGGUCGCGAAAAUGGGGAAAAUGCUUAACUGAUACCUGCUUGAGGGGUAAAACUUAUCUCAUUACCGGCGCUAAUAGUGGUAUAGGGCUGGAAACCGCAAAGGCUCUUGUUAGGCGUAAGGCUAGAGUUAUAUUUGCUUGCCGGGACAUUGCAAAGGCGAAACAGGCAAUAAACGAGAUAAGAAAAGAACAGCCUACUGGAGGAGAAAUGAUCCCAAUGCAAUUGGAUCUUUCUUCCUUUGAGUCUAUUGAGAGUUUUGUGGAUGUAAUCAAAACUGGUUUCCAUAAGAUCGAUGUGCUUAUAAACAAUGCGGGAGUUGUGGUGCCUCUGAGGUGUGAUGAGAAGACUAAAGAAGGCUUUGAGAUACACCUAGGUGUUAAUCACUUAGGUCAUUUCUAUCUUACUAAUUUAUUGUUAGACCAAUUAAAGAGAGCCGCACCCAGCAGAAUUGUAGUGGUGUCGUCUACACUUCAUGAAAGGGCAAAGAUUGAUUUUAAUGAUUUGAACUUAAGAGGUGAAAUCGAAAGAGCUAAGAAGGGACAAGUGAAGGCGCGUCACAACCUGGGUUAUUCCAACUCUAAACUGAUGAAUGUCUACUUUGCAAGAGCACUGGCUGACAAAUUGAGAGAUACAGGUGUUGAUGUGUAUACUUGUUGCCCUGGUUUCUGCUACACCAAUCUGUUUAGGUUGUCAGUGAGAUGGUAUCAUUAUUUAAUAAUGUUGCCAGUAGCAUUAAUGUAUAUGAAGUCUGCGAAACAGGGUUCCGAGACGAUAGUAUACUGCGCAACAGACUAUGGUAUAGAGGGUCAGACUGGAAAGUUCUAUCGUGAUUGUGUUGAAUACGACUCCAAAUAUCCAUUUAAGAAGGAAGAAGAAAUUAAACUGUGGAAUAUUAGUGAGGAACUUGUAAAAGCCAGAAAACCUUUGUAAGUCACUAGCGUCUGAAUAAAGGUACGCGUUCAUUCGCACGCAUCGCACGGAUAAAACGGAUUUUCUUUGUAUCUCGUUGCGUGCCGUGCGUCCGGUGCGUUCGCGGGAAUGGACACGUACCUUUAUUAUUACUUUAAAAGUAUACUGCAUUGAUAAUUUGUAUUGAAAUUUUGUGAUGUCUAUUAUUUCAAAGAUCAAUGGAACGCUGAUUGUUUUUAUACAAGUGUUGUGACAGUGGAAAUCCACAGUUAUUUAGGAGAUACACAAUUUGUUAUAAGAAAAGAAUUUUUACAUAAUUACUUAAAUUUCGUAUAUAAAAUCAAUAGCACUAUAAAAAUUUUAUGUCUAAGUUAU